AUUUUUGUAUAUUUAAUGUUUAAUUGUAUUUUAGUAAUAUAUUUUUUAAAUAUUGUAUUAUUUAAAUUAUAGAAUGGUUUUUAUUGUGAAAAGACAUGUAUUAUUUUGGGCAUUUACUCAUAUAAUAAUUUUUAGUGCAUUACUGUUUGUGACACAAGCCAAAAUUGCGUCAGAAAACUCAAGUGAAGCAAUACAGAACAAUGAUGAUUUUAAUAUUACAAGUGAUUCUGAAUUACAAUAUGUUGACAAUGAUGUUAAAGUUCCCCCAAUAACUGAUACUGGACCUGUUGAAAAUAUUUUGAGUGAUAGUACUGACAAUAAUAAAAAUAAUAAUGGUGCAGAUGAUGUGGAAUUAAACUUAAGUGUGCAGGAUACACCAAAAACUGAAGCACCAGAUUUACUUCCAUCUAUGAUUGCCAUUGGUUUUAAUGAAGCUGUUUCUCAAAACUCGGGAUUGACUGAUGGUUUGACGGACUCUGCAUUUCCUGCAGUCGUAUCUCUCGUGGAUACCACUUCCCAGGAUUUCCAAGCCUCUAUAAACGAUGAGCAAAAAUCGGAUACAUUUCUUAAUAAUGUCACACAUCAUGCGAAUACUAUUCCUUCGGCGAAUAUAUCACCACCAUUAACGAUUUUGAACGACACUGUUGAACAAGAUGAAUAUGUUGUUAAGGCAGAACCAAAAACUAUACUUUCAAAUGCCGAAAGUGAGGAAACGGCGCCAACUGUACCACAAUCGAAAGAUGACCAAGGACAUGGUGAAAAUGGAGACAAUUUAGUGCCAACUGAUAUAAAUGUUCCGAUUUUGGAUGUCGAUUCUGACAAAAAUAAGGAAACUAUGCCGGUGUUUUCUGAAUGGGCCCAGAAGCAACUUGAAGAAGCAGAGAAAAAUAAGGAGCAAGUUAUUAAUAUUUCAGCGCAAAAUCUGGCUGGAAAAAACAAAACUGUUAAGAGCGUCAAUUUAAAACAUCACACAUCAAAAAACUAUGCAUCACCAGACUGCAACGCCAAAAUUAUAGCAGCAAAUCCUGAAAGUUCCAGCAUGAGUUCAGUUUUAUCUCCUUUAAGAGACGAAUACGCUUUAAACACUUGCACAAGCAAAAUAUGGUUUGUAGUAGAAUUAUGUGAAUCGAUACAAGCCAAAAGGAUAGAUCUAGCCAAUUUUGAAUUAUUCUCUUCUUCGCCAAAAGAUUUUUCUGUGUCUGUAAGUGCACGGUUUCCGACUAGAGACUGGUCGAACGUUGGCCAAUUCACGGCCAGAGAUGAAAGAACUAUUCAGAGUUUUGAUUUGCAUCCUCAUUUAUUCGGCAAGUACAUUAAAGUGGAAGUAUUAUCUCAUUAUGGCAAAGAACAUUUUUGUCCAAUUAGUUUAUUCAGAGUAUACGGUACAUCGGAGUUCGAAGCUUUUGAAACUGAAAAUCCUACCCAUCCUGUUCAUGCUGAUAUUGACGAAGACACCGAUUUGGAGGAAGCAGUAAAUCCUGAUGAACGAAAUCAAACUGAAUUAAAUUUGUUUGGUUCAGCAAGAGAUGCAGUUAUGUCUAUCAUGAAAAAAGCUGCAGAAGUUUUAACUAAAACAGUGGAUAGUAACAAAAACAUCACUAUUAACGACACAAUAGUUUCUACAAAAUCAAAUAUUUGUAGAACUCCUAGCCAUAUUAUAGUGUGUGAUAAUUGUAGCGAUUUACUUUAUAGUGAAUUAUACGAAAUUUUAAGUUGUCGUAAUGAACAAUUAGAUAAAUUAAUUAAAAAUAAUCUAAUAAAGAAAUUAAUUCAUAAUACUAAUGUAUGUCUUAAAUACGGUUUGGAUUUUAGUGAUAAUGCAAUGGUUACGAUGCAUAACGAUACUAUUCUGUUUUUUGAGUCAGCUUUUGAACCCAAAUAUGUAGUAGCACUUUGUAAUGCAUUUGCGAUUAUGGAGAAGAAGGUUGUAUUGAACACAAGUUUCGAAGAAAUUUUACCAGAUAAAUCCAGGUUAACCGUUGAUAGCAGUGACAAUAAUACUCCGAUUGUUUUAGAACCUGAAACUUUAUUGCCGCCCACAAAAUAUCUUCACGAAACUGAAACUGCACAACCAGAAGAAACUUAUUUAACUGAAGCACAGGACAUAAAGUUACCAGAACAUGUAAUCCAACCUGAGAUUCUUAAUUCAACAGACAAUGGUAUAGUUACAACACCAGAUUUCGCGACAGAAAUUGAUAAUAAUACUGAAUACCCAACAGAAAUAGUUAAAAAUGAAAAAAAUAUUGAAUUAAUAAAGAAUGAGGAGCCACCAGUACAGAAAAAUAUCUAUAAUAUACCAGAAGAAGUAGUUGUUGAUCCAAAUAUUAACGCGGUUGAGGAACAAGUCGUCGUUGUUGCAGAAGAACCUUCGAAAUCAAAUGGCCAAGAACAGAUUGUAGAAAAUUACGAAAAUAUGUUUAUAGAUUUAGAAUCUAAUGAUACCCUAUCCUCUUUGAGAGAUCCGGCUACAACUAAUACAGGUUCUGCUAACUUGAAUACUCAAAAUGUACCGAAGGAAUCUAUUUUGAUACGGCUUUCCAACAGAUUAAAGGCUUUGGAGAGAAAUAUGUCGUUAUCAGGACAAUAUUUGGAAGAGCUCAGUAAGAGAUAUCGAAAUAAAGUAGAAGAACUUCAUUCAGCUUUUGAUGCAAUCAAGACAACUAUAUUGGAGGAGAGUAAGAACCGUAUAAGCCAAGAUCAGAAAAAAUCUGAAGAAAUUAUGCAACUUCAACAACAAGUUUUAUUCCUAACGAACGAAAUUCGCAUAUUAACAGAGGAGAAAAAUAGUAUACAGAGCAAAAUUUGGUGGAUAAUACAAUUUGUUUUAAUUGUUAUCGUCAUAGCAUAUAUUGUUAUGGAGCUGUUUUAUAAAGGAAAUAAACAAAUCGAAGAGAAAAAAGUGAAGAAGAAACGAAAUACAAUCAGAAGGAGAAAAUCUGUUGAAGGCGUUAGUGGUCAUAUUUCACCAGUGUCGAAGAAACGGCGUCCUAGUACCGAAGCCUUGAAUAUUUCAGGGACUUAUAAAGAUUUAUUAAAGCAAGAGGGAAAGGAAAAUGUAGAUGAAAACAAUGUUACGGUACGAGAUUUUAAUGAUGGUUCAUGGAUUAUUGCAAAAGUUGAUAAGAAAAAGAAGAGAAAGAGGCCACAAAAGUCUUUAACCAAUAUCAUGUCAACUUUGCCCAAUUCAAAGGCCAUUGUGAGUACCAUAAAUGGAUCUUCUUCCACCAUCGAUGCAAUUAAACCCGUGGUUGGUAACGGAACCGCAAUGUUUUUGGAAACCGGUGCAGCAAAAGGUAAAGUGAACAAUUUAAAUAAUGAAAUUAGUGUAUCCAAAAGCAGUGUGAACAAUUUUAGUGUGCCUCAAGGAAAUGGUGCUGUUGAGAGGAGAUCCAUACGCGUUCCAUCGGGUUUUCUAAGAUCCACCUUAUACAGGUCUAAAACCUCCAGAAGCUCUGAUAAGAGUUUACAGCAAAAAGCCCACAAUUGGGAUUGGUACCGACGAAAGAAAAACGAUCCAGAUAAUUCAACUAGUCACCGUAGCUCACCUAUAUCAGAUUUUGAAAACAUGUGUGAAAAUUUGGCAAAUAACGAUAUAGUCAGUGAUACGAAUUCUGUGAACAGUUCAUUAAAUAGUUCUGUUAAUAGUAAUAAUUUUUUAGAAAAGAAAGACAAAAACAAAGCAUAUUUUAAAAAAAUAUUCAAACGUGUUUUUUAAUUGUGUAUUGUUGUAAUAGGAAACUUUUACACAAGCUUGUUAGGUAGUGUAUUUUAAUUAAUUAAUUUAUAUUUAAGUAUUUAUGUGCCGUUAUAUUCUUAGUCAAAUCAAAGUGAAGUCAAAGUUUAGAUCGUAAUAUCUAUAAGAAGUGGCAUUUAGUUAUGAAAAUUUUAAUUUUGUGCAGGAGAAGUGAGGUGUUAAAAUGCCUUUUUUAUUAUAUUACUUUAUGUUGUAAAUUAAUUUAAAUCGUUAUGCAACGCGCAUUUAGGCUGUGAUGUGUUAAAACUGGUUUAUUUAUUAAGACUUAGUUAGCAGCGUUGUUAAAUUAUUGUGGAGACUUGUU